AUGGCCUCGCCCGACCGCUUUGCCGCCGACUACGAUGCUGUCACGCCUCAGCAACGAGCAAUGGCAGUAGGAUUCGCAAUGCUGGGAGUGUUUGGAGCAGCGGGCGCCUAUACAACGAUUCGCUGGAUUGGCAAGCGAGCACAUCCGCUCAUCUCGGUUAACUACUUUGCGUCGUGGUGUACGAUUGUUAGCAUCGUAGCCAUGUUCACCAUGCCUGAUGUCGGCUUCCUGCUUCCGAGAUAUUUGAAAGACUGGUGCUAUCUCAUAUUCCUGGGAAUAUGCGGAUUCGUCAUGGUGAGACAUUACUCUUACGUCCGCAUCAACUUGGCUGACACUCUUCAGCAAUUUCUUCUCGCUGCUGGCCUCCAAUACGAAAAGUCAUCUCGCGCGACAAGUAUGGUGUACAUGCAGAUGUUGUUCGCGCUGACUUUUGAUAAACUGGUGUGGGGAACCACGCCUGGUGCUCUGUCGAUUAUUGGGUCGUCGUUGAUUCUAGGCUCGGCGAUAUAUGUCGCGAUGCAUAGAGAGGAGCCGAAGAAGUCGAGCGAAAGGGAGCGAGGAGAUCGCGAUGAAGAACGAGGAUUGAUGAUGGCAGACAUGGAUGGACUGCGAGAUGACGCCGACGUCGCUUUGCGGACAGAUAUCUAA